CACCGUUCAAAAAUCUCCUAUCGGACUCCAUCAGCGAUAUGUGGUAUGCGGUGAAUGUAACGGUGAAUAAAAAAGACUGUGAGCCAAGAAAAUGGAUAGAUUAACCGAUAAUAAACUGGCAAAAUGGUUUUUCCUAUGUCUUUGCUUGUCUCAGUGCGCCUAUGCACGUCUUAUUUACGAAGACUCAAAAAUAAACUUUCUGAGUGCAGAUGACAAAAUACAAAAUCAUAGUCCUGGCCUAAAAGUGUACUGUCACAAUGCUUCCUCAAAAUAUUUGACGCAUAUAUGGAGAACUAUGACUAUGCAUCUAAAUAUCAAUACAGAUUCUUCAUAUGUUUUAUAUGAUGGCAAAACACCAGAUGAAGUUUAUCAAAAGUAUGAUCAAAAUGAAAAAUCAUGGAGUCUCAAUCUGUUUGAUACAGGAAAAGCAGGACAUAGGCAAUUUAAGAUUGAUCCCUUUGAAAAUUCAUGUAUAGGCAUUUAUAUAGAUUCUCCAAAUCAAUAUGGUUAUAUGAUGACUUUAAUAGACACACGUAUCAAUGUAUGGGGAGUAACAAUGAUGGUAAUAGGUAUUAUAAUUUUCUGGUGUGCCAGGAUAUUAAGUUGGAAUUCGGUAUUUUAUUAUACUUGUGGCAUAGUACUUGGAGUAACUUUGUCUCUUAUAAUUUUAAUAUACAUCGCUGGGAAAUUAAUACGGGGAAAAACUGUGUACAUAAUCUUUGCUGCAUCGAUGAGUCUUUAUAUUGCUAAAACGUUAUGGGAAAAUAUGCAACUAAUUGUGAUGCAAUAUAGAGAAUGGGUGAUGUGGUACAUACUUGUUACAUCUCUGAUUAGCUUCAUAAUCUGCUAUCGUUUCGGUCCAGUUACUAAUGCGAGAACAAAACAAAUAAUACAAUGGUUUUUGCAGCUUGUAGGGUUGACACUGGUUUAUUAUAGCAGUUACUUCCGCGAGGCAUCCUUUUCGUGCUGUAUUAUAUUUAUACUUCUUUAUAAUUUUCCAAAAGCAAUAUUUGAGCGAGGAAAAAGGUAUUGGCGAGCCAUGUUUUCGGAAAAACAGAAAUUGUUAAGUGAGGAUCAAUAUCGUCAAGAAGGAAUACGACAAACUAGGAAAGCUUUAAAAGAAUUACAGAAUUAUUGCUCCAGUCCAGAAUGCAAUCCUUGGAAAACAGUUUUAAGACUAAAAGAUCCCAUAAGAUUUGCAAGAUUCAUGGAAGGAGAAUCACAUUUACUAGAAGAUGAAAUUGACGAACAUGAAGAAGAAAUUUCGAAGAUUCUAGAAAAAGAUGAGUUCACGGAUGAUGACGAUUCUUUCUAAAUAUAAAGUAUAAAAUUUCUAGAUAAAAAUUCAGUAUUGAGUAGAAUUUUUUUAUUUAUUUCUUAACAACGUUAGUUGUUAGGAAUAGGAAGCGUUGAUGUAAUGAUAUACACAACAGAAUUUAUUUUUUUGUGUAACUUAAACGUUUUUUCUGAACAGAAGUAAGUUCUGUGAAGUACUUAAAGACUGUGUACUUAAAGAAGUGGAUUGUUUGUCUAUGUCAGUGAUUAUGUUCGGUGGAACGUUUGUUUGGCAUUGUUGGAAGUUUUAUGUACUUGAGAUUGAUUACUCUUCUAAAUUUAAAAAUAUAAUUCGAUCUCUCAGCACACACAGAAAAUUUUUAAUUUGCAAAACAAAUAGUCUGCUGAGAUCAAUGUUUAUUUCUAUAUUUUGUAUGAUUUUGAAAAUGUAGUUAUGUUUAUGAAAUAAUUAUUUUUAUGAGUCUUGUAUCUCAUAUAUUUGUGAUGUUUUUGAUUAUACAAGAGAACAUAUAAAAAUAAAUAAAAGAUUUUCAUAAUACAA